AUGGCUGGUCUGAUGACGCUGUUGGCUGCCAGUCAGAUGCCCCAGGCUGCCCCCCCUGCCCUACCCACCCUGCCCCAGACAGAGGCCUCCUCGCUGGGGAGAGACGUGGCCAGUCCUGGGUGUCUGGAGGUCUGGGCUCUGGAGGGGAUGACUCUACUCAGCGACAUGGCCUCACUAGAGAUGGAUCGGAUACAGCUGGAGCAGGCUCAUCGGAUGAGAUUAAGCGGAGUACAGAGGCAGUACAAGGACAAACAGAGACAACUGGACCGGCUGCAGAGGCGCUCUGACACCCAAGAGGUUCAGCAGCAGGAGGAGGAGAGGCGGAGUCUAACCAGACGUGGGCGGGGCCGACCGAGGAAGAGGAAACGUGUAGCGACGCCCCCUGGCAAGAUGGAGUCCCGGACAGGGAAGCCGGGCAGGACAGUGCGGUACUCUGAGGUGGGGGAUGGAGGGAGGAAGAGGUUCCACUGUUCCAGAGGAGAGGAUGAUGAGUUGGAGGGAGGAAGAGGAGGAGAGAAGAGGAGUUGGCAGGAUCAGGAGCCAUCCACUAGUCACUCUCUGGAGGUCUUUAAGACUCGUCGUGUCGGUCUGUGUGACCAUGAGCAACUAGCCUGUGACCUGGACAGAGGCUCUCCCUGUCCGUACUCAGUACCAGCCGCCGGCGCCCUCUGACCCAGGCGGGAGGAUGGAGUGGG